AUGUCUGUCACCAAGAUCACUGGUCUUCUUCUCGGCUCGGCCGCUAUGGUCGCUGGUCACGGUUAUGUCUCCGGUGCCGUUGUGGAUGGCCAAUACUACGGAGGAUACAUCGUUACCUCCUACGCUUACACCGACAGCCCCCCAGAAACCAUUGGAUGGUCGACCGAAGCUACUGAUCUGGGCUUUGUCUCUCCCAGCUCCUUCUCUGACCCGGAUAUUAUCUGUCACAAGAGUGCGCAGCCCGGUGCCAUCUCUGCUUCGGUGGCAGCUGGUAAGGAUGUUGAGCUUCAGUGGACUGAAUGGCCGGAGAGUCACCAUGGUCCUGUCAUCACCUACCUGGCCAACUGCAACGGUGACUGCUCCAAGGUCGACAAGACCUCGCUCGAGUUCUUCAAGAUCGACCAGAAGGGUCUCGUCGACGACAGCAACGUCCCUGGCACAUGGGCUAGCGACAAUCUGAUUUCCAACAACAACAGCUACACCGUCACUAUUCCCAGCGACAUUGCUGCCGGUAACUACGUCCUGCGUCAUGAAAUUAUUGCCCUGCACUCCGCUGGAAACGAGGACGGUGCCCAGAGCUACCCUCAAUGUGUCAACCUCAAGGUUACUGGUGGCGGCAGCGCAUCUCCCUCGGGUACUCUUGGUACUAAGCUCUACAGCGAGGACGACCCGGGUAUCCUCGUCAACAUUUACCAGCAGCUCGACUCCUACGAAAUCCCUGGCCCUGCUCUGUACUCUGGCGCUUCUUCGUCCUCCAACUCUGGCUCUUCUUCCAGCACUGCUUCGGCUUCUACUACUGCCACUUCUGCCACUACUUCGUCUGCCUCGUCCACCCAAGCUUCCGCUACCCCUGCCUCCCAAGCCAAGGCCCAAGUCUCUAGCUCUACUCCCAGCGCUUCGUCCGUUGCGACUUCUGGUAGCUUGUCCGACUACUUCAGCUCCCUGAGCGCUGAGGAGUUUCUCAACGUUAUCAGCGAGACUCUGUCCUGGUUGGUUACUGACAAGAUCCACGCCCGUGACAUCUCGACCGCAUAA